UUGCAGAAGAUCAUAUCACACAGCAAGGACACUGAGAGCAUCAGGAGCAGCAUCUCUCUUCAUCAUUCAACAUUCUACAAAUCCUACUGCAGUGUUUUGCAUGCGAGAUAUCACAAGAUAUCCACAAUAAGGAGAAGAAAAUACAUUUAGGAAAUUUGACUUUCUUUUGGGGGAAAAUACCAGGUCGUGCUGCGGUGAAAGGACACAGGGACACUUUACUGUUCAUGUGAAGGUGUGCAGGUGACAGACUUGGCUUGCGCCAUCCUCCCUUCGCAGGACACUGAAGGAACUGUCAGGGUUUGCUCACUGGCUGACUGCUGCAGUUGGACAGACAAUAACUCAGAGUGCUACAGAGACUGAAAUCAUCUCAAAAUGGACCAUCAGGACCACAUGAAUUCUGGACAGGUGGGUGACUCUCCCGGCAACAACAUAGCAUCUGGUGUAGUCAACAUGUCCAUCAAUGACGGCCAUCAACAAGACCUGAAGAACGGGACAGCGGGAUAUAUGGGAGCAGAGGAGACACAUGAACCAACACCUGAAGUGACUGCCCACAAGGCUGCUUUAGAAGACUCCGAUCCCAAGCCGUCCUUUGAUAAAGAUGAGCAAUUGGGAAGGACAGCAGGAGCUGGAGAAGAAGCCUUAACACCCGGAAGUCCGCCAAAGAGUGGCCGGAGCAGUGCGGCAUCAGUGGAUGGGGAGGGAGAGCGGGAGAAUGGGGAAAGGGAGAGCUCUGUGAGCCCACGGGAGUCUCCAGUGUCGCCACAUCCACUCCCGGUAACCCUUGCUGAUGGCCUGAGCUCAGGGAUCACAGGCUUUGACAGCCAGAUGAAGAGAAGUCCUUCGGAUAAGAUGUCCGACCAUCAUAGUCCCAGUGGAUCUGAAGAGGAGGAACAUGAAAUGGAGAAAUCUGAAAGAAGAUUUUCUGGUUCACCUGGAUUUGGAGCAGAUCCUAGAAGCACUAUCAACUUGAAAGAGAAUGAAAAUGAGGACAAAGAAGUGAGUGAAGUCAGUGAUGAAGAAGAGGAACAAACGGGAGUUUCCUUAGUGAGCAGUUCUAUCACCCCAGACUUGACAACCCAGAAAGAGGAUGAACAUGAAACCCCUAUUCACCUUCCCAUGACCCCAGAAGAAGCUAAGAAACGCGGCCUGUCGUUCGACUACACAGAACCUCAGGAUCCUGGUCAUCCGCAUGGUCCUGUGGGCUGGGAGUGCAGCUCUGAUAAAACACCACCGGAAAGCAAGAGCCCAGACUCCUGCAGGGCAGAUCCGGGAUCACCUCUUACACCCAGUGCUGCCGCUGACCAGACCCAAGAGGAAUCAUCUCUAAGGGACUUUCAGACAGAUACGCAAGAGGAAGAAGAGGAAAUAGAGGUACCAGAACAAGAAGAGGAAGAGACCCCAGUUCCUCCAUUUUCCCGAGAAGUUGCUACACCAAAGAUGGAGCUUAAGGCAGAGGAACAUCUAGAUUCUAAUAAAACAAAGGAGGUCAGUCAGGAGAAAUACCUGGAGACGAGUGAUGAUGACGAAGUAGAAACUGAAAAGGUUAAAUCUGUUGCCACACCAGAACCUGUUGUCAUACCAGAAAAUGCUGCCAUACCAGAACCUGUUGCCAUACUAGAACCUGUUGUCACUAAAGCUAAAGAUGCUGUUAAGCCCAGUGCCGAAGUCCCGCCAACAAAACCACCAAGCAAAGCAGCUCUUGUCAAAGAAGCUCCAGCCAAAAAAACGAAAAAACCCGUAGCUACAGUUUCUGCCACUCCUUCCCCCAAAACUGCUCCUAGCCUUCAGAAAACUCCCUCUAAAGAUGCUGCUCCGGCCAGAAAAGCAAGUGUCCCAUCCAAAGCCAAGGCUGGAGCAGGGGCAACUCCUGAAAAAAAGGCUGGAGAUGCAAAGACAAAGACAGCGGGUGCUAAACCCCAAGGAGUUGGUGCCAAAAUCCCUGCUGCUUCACGGAUGGAGCAGCGAAGGACAGGACCAGGGUCCAUUGAAAGAGCCGACUCACCUAAAACCCCAGACCGCAGUGGUUGCAGCAGCCCCGCCAGUCGGUCCUCCACUCCCGGGCAACAGGUGAAGAAGGUAGCGGUUGUACGCACCCCACCCAAAUCACCUGGCUCGCUGAGAUCCCGCGCUCAGAUUGCUCCUGUGGCACCCAUGCCUGACUUGAAGAACGUCAAGUCCAAGAUCGGCUCCACUGAGAACCUCAAACACCAACCUGGAGGCGGGAAGAUUCAGAUUGUGCACAAAAAGAUCGACCUAAGCAACGUCCAGUCAAAGUGCGGCUCCAAGGCCAACAUUCAUCACAAACCGGGGGGUGGAAAUGUCGAGAUCAAAUCUGAGAAGUUGGAUUUCAAAGCCCAGUCAAAGGUUGGAUCUCUGGAAAACAUUGGACAUGUCCCUGGGGGUGGACAGAGGAGGAGGGAGAAGGAGAAGGAAGCAGAGCCGCAGGCCGCAAAUGCUUCCUAUAAUGGGGAUGCUGUUCACUCUAAUGAAGUGGACAUGACCUUUGACCUUCACGACUCUGAAGGCAACAGUCUGGUUAAGUCAAAGGCCCUCAAUUGAGAGCCACAAGCUAAAUUUCCGUGAUCAAGCCAAAGCGCGCACUGACCACGGUGCUGACAUCGUCUGCAAGUCCCCUGACAUUUCCACGGACGGAUCCCCUCGCCGCCUCAGCAACGUGUCUUCCUCCGGCAGCCUCAACAUGACCGACUCCCCACAACUGUCCACACUGGCUGAUCAGGUCUCGGCCUCCCUUGCUAAACAAGGCCUGUGAGCUUUCCGGCUACUGACGAAUCCAGAAAAGAAAGAAAAAAAAAGUUAAAACGUAUCUCCUUCAGUCCUUUCAAAUAAGGUGCUUGUCGGAUUUCUCCCAACUAAAAGUUGUCCCAGCAGCUUGUCUGCUUGUAAAAUAAUUCUUGCCACUCGGCACGGAGGGACAAGAAUUGAUGUUAUUGGCUCAGUCCAUCAAUGAAAAAAAAAGGGGGGAAAUACAAAAUAAAAGGAGCUGGUGGUGUAUUGAUCCAAAUGGUCAUUUACAGCACUGAGUAACCUGUUCCGUUUAAUACCCUGGUUUUAAAAGAAACAACAUUUGCUUUCAGAGCUGUAUUUGCUUUGUUGCCUUAUCGUGAAUGUUUUUAUUUACCAUAACUUAUGCACUCCUGUUUUGACAUGCAGCAGUAGGGAAGGCAAAUAUGCAGUUACCAUGAAUUUGAUGAUUUAACACAAAUUUAAGAAUGAUAAACAAGUCUGCGUCACUUAAAUCAAACGCAAAUUUCAUUGAUCAAAGUAUAAAAACACCAGUGGUGUGUUUUGACCCAAAAUAAGAAAACAUUUCCUUUCAGAAUAUUCUUGUAUGUCCUUUCAAACUACAAAUAUGCUUCUGUACUUUAUCCCAGCAUAUUGUCCAGGCCUUUCUGCCCCCAUGAUGAAUGCAUAGGAGGUUGCGUCACUGAAUGGAAAAACAAAUCCUCUUGCUUUGCCUCUAUUUGGUAGUAGUAAACAAAUGUUAAUAUAUGUCAAAAUAAAAAUGAACUAAUGCUGUUGGACAGGGCUCAACAAUAAGGAUUCUCUUCUGCCUACCACUCGAGUGGAACAGAUCUUAUUUAAAUAUAUAUAUUUUUGAAUAAUUUAUUUUUGGAUUUUUAGCAGUGUUUUGUUUACAAAUAUUUAAGUUAUUAUUUUUUUUUAUUAUUUAUUGCAUACGUCAACUGUUUUCAUAAAAAAUUCAAAGCAAUGCAUCUUUUUGGUUUAAAACCAACCGAUCCUGCAGGCCAGUAGCCAGCCUAUUAGAAGGGGUGGUUCUUUUUUUCCUUAAAAUGUAAUUAUUUAUGUUUUAAUGCCAUUUCAGCAGCAUUGGCUAUAAUCAUGGCAAAACAUAUAAACAAACAUACAUUGAACAAAAAACAAAUAGCAACAACACUGAAACAAGUCAUAUACAAUCUUUUAGUUUGAUUAAAGAUAGAUAAUUGCUCCAGAAGGCACCUUUUUAAACAUUUCACUUCAAUUAUUUCAUGAAUAAAAACCUUCUUAAGUCACAAAAAGGUUUUUCUUCCCCUUUCAAUAAAUAUGCGCGUGUUAGGCUUGAGUGUCCGAUUCUACAUCUCGUAUGUACAACCCGGUCAUGUGUCUACUUUCAAAAUGCUGAUUGUUUCUUUCAUUUACAAAUGAAUUCACUUCAUACAAUUUAUUUCUACAUCCAUCCCAUUCGCCAUUUCUUAUUAAUAAAUAGAUUUACAUUCCAUCAGACACAGGAAUUUUACAUUCUGUGAUCUCCAACUGUAGGGCUUCCUUAGGCUUUUUUAUCUGCACGUUUGUUUCUAAUGAAUCUUAUAUGACCAGGAAUCCAGCAGAAAAUAAUAUCAAAGUCUGAUAUUUGAUAUAAUUUGAUAUCAAUAUCAAAUGUUUUCUUUAAAAGAAAUAAAAUCAAAGGAUGAUCGGUUUUCUUUUUCUCAAAAAGUGGAGCUUUUUGCAGUUAUUCUCCUCAAUUUCUAUUAAAUUAUGAAGUUCAAAUACUGCAUUUUAGGGAAAUUUUAAGCACUAAUCUUUGCUGCAUUAGCUUGCCGGACUCUGAUCAUAACCACACUUUUUGAUGCAACAAAAGUGCUUACCAUACUGUUUUACCACAGGGUUUAUUUAUAAAUGAGCAUUUAAACUAAAUAAUUACAGUUUUAUAAAUCAUGUUGAGGUUAGAUUUUUUUUUUUUUAUAAAAGAAUUGAAUAAAGUAGUAUAAAAAAUACUUAUUUAAAAUACAAGUUUAUCAUCAUGCAUCACUAAAAAACAAUUAGGAGUCUGCUAAAAGUUAAUAAAAAACAACUAAAAACAUUACAAACUGUAGCCUGUAGGUAAACAACAAACUGGCCAGCUCAUUUCUUCAGUCUGAAUUUGUAUAAUUAGAAAUUUAAUCAAGUGAUACUCGCUGCAGAGCCACUAGGGCAGAGCUGAGGUCCAGCUCCUCCUUGCUGCACUUAUACAAGUGAUGUCACGGGAGAGCUCAAGCUUCCACUCAUUGGAGCUAAAGUGGCUCUGCAGCGAGCAGCGAGUCUCAUAAAUUAUCUCAUAUACUGUACGGGCCAAAUUCCGGACUUUGUCAGUGGUCUUUCAAACCACCUGACCACCCCUUCUGGCUACAGGCCUGUUCUGUCUACAAUUAAAUGACAAUAAGUGCAUGACUUAACUACAUUAAGCACAGUAAAUGUUUUAAUGUUGAGUGCAAAAAAGAGGUUGAUUAAACAUUUAUGAUAUUAGAAAGAGUAAUAAAAAAAGGUAUCCAGCAUCAAGAUUAAGAUUUAGUGUAAAAAAAAAGACCUCAAGAUCACUUUGCCAUCCUUAUUGUUGAGCUCUGUUUGCCCUGCACAAGCACCAUCAAUCAGCUUUUUGUUAACUGACCCCAACGCUCAAUGGCAACAAUGCUUCUGUAUCAGUGGAUUUCAGCCUCUGCAUUUAAAAUGUUUUUCCAAAGAAUGCAUGAAUGGACAUCAGACUCAAUAAAAACAACACCACACAGAGAAAUCUCAUAUUGAGAACAGACAGCUGAGAAGUGCCUCCCCUGUUUCCAUCAGCUUCAUUUCAGAAACCAGUUUUAAAGAUUCUCUCCGGUCUAGUACAGAUUCAGUCUAGUCCAUCAGCACAGAGCUGAUCCAUUUGGUGUGAAAAAAUGACAUUAUUUAACACAUAGCCGAGCUCCCCCUUCAGUCCAAAUCACAACUCUCACACCCUGCACAUUUCCCCAGCAUGCUAUGAACUUCACCCAUGGUCUCCUUGAUAGUAGCCAGUCACCACGUCCCUGUCCAAUAACCUUUACUAUAGCGUCAACCAAUAUUUAAAUAUGUAAAGAAAGAGAAAAAAGUGGAGGAAAGAUACAAGGAACAAAGCUACCUGCUAAAAUCCAGGUUUAUGUUGCACUCUUUUUCUAAUAGUGUUGUGUGGACGAUGUAAAAAAAAUGUACGAAUGCGUUUAGACGAUCUGAUACUACUAGGCUUUUUAUUUUAUACCUGCAGUGCGUUGCUCAUUUGAAAAUGAAUGCACUGGUUUGAAGCAACAGCUGCCUCAAACUACGCUACUUCUUAAGAUGUAUAGGCUAUCUUGUGUUUAAAUGAAACGGGGAGGAAAUAUAUAGGUAGAGCAACGGUUAAAUUUGCAUCCAGAAUCCACACUAUCAGUAAAACGACAAGCUUCAGACGGAUAUUGCUGUAACCCGAUAUGACGUCCUGAAUACAGCAUGCUGCUAACAUAAACCUGAGCAUUUAGACUUGUGGGUUAAGGUUUAGAACAGACUUUUAAAAGAUAAACCGUGUAAACGUGGCACUGGGGGAAAGGUUUUUCGAGUAAUUCUGCCCUUUAGCUGUGUUUCAACGGUUCGGUAAUCCGUUAACGAGUCCCACCUUUUCUCCUCAGUUUCAUUUCCCGCCUCUGCUCUUCUCAUCGCGGUUCCUCAUUCUAGCUUGACAGUUGUGAUUGUCCUUAUCGUAAUGUGUUUUAUUAAUUGGUUUACACUGAUACUCCUUGCUGUAAACGUGAAUUUGGAAAUAAAGUCCGUAUUAAACUGC